AUGAGAAAUACAUGCCAUGUGGAUCGCCAAAUUGUGGAUUCAACGAAAUUUCGAAUUCCACGUGUCAGAUUUGGGUACAAACAAGACGAAUGUUUGAUUUGUAUUUAUACGGGGAUCGAGAAGUUUUUGAGACUGGAAAUUCUGAAAUUUGAGAAUGGAGUUGUCGUUUUCAAAUGUGAAAACUCGCCCGACUUGGCAGAUUCCAUUCAAAAAUUCAUUCCAUCCACUUUGCCAUUGAAUGAAGGAUUGCUCAUUCUUAAAUCUCUUCUGGCUCAUGAAUCAAUUCAAAUUUCAACAAUGGAAUGGGAAAUUGAAAGAUUCGUCACAAAAAACGAGUCGUUUAAACUCGGAAAACAAAUGUUAAAACUUUUGGGAAAAUCGAAAUUCCGUGUCAAAGAGUUGGAAUUUAUGCAUAAUGUAGAUGACACUUUAUUGAGCUUUUUUCCCAAAAUUUGCGAAUGGAAAAAUGUGGAAAUAGUUCGAAUAAUUGGAAUUAGUUUGUAUUCGGAAAAUAUGCAUCCGGUCAUUGCUCAUGAUUAUCAUAGAAUCGGUGACGUCGUUUCUGGAAAACCAGUUUGUUACACAUUUUAUUGUACACAUGACCCACCGGUUGACGUAUAUGUUUUUUUCGGGAUAAUGAGUGGAUAUAUGGAUAGAAAUGGAAGUGAUAAACUUCAUUGGGCCACUUAUCGUGAGCCAGCCCAUUUAGCAAGACAGGGAAAGGAACACGCUGGGCACAGAUUAGAUCCAAAUAGUGCGGAUCGGUCUGAUGAGCGUCGUUAUGAAGAUGGUAACGUCAGCUACGGGAGACAAACCCAAUGUGGAAUGUGGGUCAGCCGGUAUGCUGGGGAUCGCGAAAAAGAGUUGAAAUUGAUCCAUGACCGUGAAAAAUGUGGAAUCGGAAGUUUGUGUCCAAAACACGCGGACCCAUUUGACUAUUGGUACUAUCAGAAUUUGCCACGUCGUCUUGUACAGGAACCAUUCUGGACUGGAUUCAAAUGUGUUUUUUGCACCGCUGAAAAUCCACAUUUUCCAGCUACCCCAGAUGAUUUGCAAAUUUUGAUGCGAAAAAUACAAAUCGAUGAAAAUCGGAAAAGAAAAAAUUCGAUGGAAUAUCAAGAAUUGAAUCCAAUGGAAUAUUCGUGGGGAUUCGGAAGACCAAAUCAGACGACGUCGGAGAUUUUUGAAGUUUCUGAAGACGUGGUUGAGAAACGCGAAUCUCGUUGGGGUACUUGGUUCAAAAUCAUUUUUCUACCAAUUUUGAUUUCUUUCUUUUUCUAUGCAAUUUUUUACUGA